CCGCGCUACUGUAAUCAUAUGAUAGCGAACCCGGCUCCGGGACAACGCAGCCGCCGCCGACUUGUUCGCGAACAGCUCUCAAGUGAACUUUUUCUCGCCGCCCUACCUUUCAAAACAACUUGAGAGUCGCGGAGGGGCUCGCAUCAUCCGGAGACGAGCAGGGGGUGGGGGGCGGCUGUGAUUUGAAGAGUAGCCGCUUGAGAGACACGCUCGUCGGCCGGAAGACGGUGUUGUCCUGGCAUUUGGGGACUUUUUGUUUUUUUUUUAAACACUCCACCUCCCCUCCACCACACAAUAUAUAUUUUUUUAAUAUUAAAUCCCAGCAGAGUCAUUUUGCGUCGACGCUCCAGCCAUGGUCGGGGAGACAGAGGUGAAGGAGAGACCCAAGUCCAAUCCGGACUACUUAAUGCAGCUGAUGAAUGACCGGAAGGUGAUGAGUUCACUGCCCAACUUCAGCGGCAUCUUCACGCAUCUGGAGCGGCUGCUGGAUGAAGAGAUCGGGCGGGUACGCAAGGACAUGUACAACGACACAGUGAACGGAGGCAUGUUCAACGGACGCGACAUGGAGGAGUUGCCCGAAGCCGUCGGCCCGGUGGCCCAGCUGCAGGAGAAACUCUACGUGCCGGUCAAAGAGUACCCUGACUUCAACUUUGUUGGGAGGAUCCUAGGCCCGCGCGGGCUGACGGCCAAACAGCUGGAGGCAGAGACCGGCUGCAAGAUCAUGGUGCGCGGGAAAGGCUCAAUGCGAGACAAGAAGAAGGAGGAGAUGAACCGAGGCAAGCCUAACUGGGAGCACCUGAGCGAGGACCUGCACGUCCUGAUCACGGUGGAGGACACAAACAACCGCGCCAAAAUCAAGCUGCAGCGGGCCAUCAACGAAGUCAAGAAACUCCUCGUCCCCGCUGCUGAAGGUGAGGACAACUUGAAGAAAAUGCAGCUGAUGGAGCUGGCCAUCCUGAAUGGAACCUACAGAGACGCCAAUGUCAAGACACCCACCGCCAGCUUCCCGCUCGGCACCCCGCAGGCCCCUCGCAUCAUCACCGGCCCCACGCCCGUCCUGCCGCCCACCCUGCGUAACCCCGCCCCCGUGACCACGCCGACCAUCAUGCCUCUGAUUCGUCAGAUCCAGAGCUCUGCCCUGGUGCCGGGCGGCAACCCGCAUCCGGCCCUGGUGCAACAAGGACCCGAGUCGGGGAUCAUCUACACGCCUUACGAGUACCCCUACACACUGACGCCCUCCAUAUUGGAAUACCCCAUCGACUCGACCGGCGUGUUAGUCCCUUCGUCCUGUGUUUUCGCAGCAGGUGCCAUGACCGCUAAGGUACGCCGCCAAGACAAGAGAAUCCAUCCUUACCAAAGGGUAGUGACCACAGACAGAGCUGCCACGGCAACUAACCCAUGACACCUUUUCCACCCACUGAUGACCCCAGCCCCCUCCCCUACCCCAUCUCAUUGGCCAAGUGCCCCCCAGCCCCGGCGCUCUCCUUCCCUCGGCGCCCCCCUCCCACCCUUACCCGGCUCAGCCAACCAGAGGCCGGCCCCGGAAGCGACCCUUCCAUCUAACCAGCAGCGGACGGCGGCCGCGGCGACGAUAACCCAGCAGGGACCGCUGCCAUCAAACUUUUAGCCCACGUGCCUUCCUCUCGCAUAUUGCCCACCGUCGUCAUUGUGGGGGUCCGAACGAGCUCCUGCAUAAGCAAUAAUUAUUACUCCUCUUUAUAACUCAACUACUGAAGAUUCUAAUUGAACUCACCCUGCACUCAAACCGUCCACAGAGAGAGAGAGCUGUUGAUAUUGUGCAUUCUACUUCAUCUCAACGAGCAACCAACUGCUAACAUGUUAGCAUUUAAUUAAUGUUCAUUUUUGGGGUAACAGUAACAGACCACAGGGCAGGAUGUAAAAACCUUUAUCAACAUGCCUCAGCGCUUUUUGUACUUCUUGCUGUGUGUUAGCAUACCAACUGUUAGCAUUUCAUGAGUCCUCAUUUGAAAGGGCACCCAACUAAAGGGCAGGGAAAAAAAUCCUUAAUGACCUUCCAGAGUGUGUUCUCGUACAUAUUUGCAUACCAAGUGUUAGCAUGUUAGCAUUUUAUGAGUCCUCAUUCGAAAAAAGCGACUGACUAUAUGGCAGGAUGUCAAAUCCUUAAUGACCAUCCCGAUGGAGUUCUCUUAUGUUUGCAUACAAACUGAUGGCAUGUUCGCAUUUUAUACAUUCACAUUUAUAAUAGUACCCCACUACAGGCCAGGUUGUUAAAUACUUAUUAAUCCACAGCGUUUUUUUUAUUCAGGUUGCGACUGUGCAACUGUAUAUUUUAGCAUACUAAUGGUUAACUUGUUCGCAUUUUAUCAAUCCUCAUUAGAAAUGGAACCCGACUACAGGGCAAAAUGUUAAAUCCUUAUUGACCAGCCUCAGCCCUUUCUGUACUCAUGCUGCUAUCUUGCUAGAUGAUAGCAUACCAAUUGUUAGUAUGCUAGCAUUUUAUCAGUCCUUAUUACUAUAGCACAGAUACAAGGUAUCGGUAUCGGGCCGAGACCAUCCUUAGUUCACCUUAUCGGGUACUAUAGGCUGCAGAUACCAGCCACCGAUACAUAAAGCAAAAUGAUCUGACAUUAAGUAAUUCCUCUUCGGCAGUAGUUGGCGCUACACUAUGGCGGUUUGACAUAUCGGUGAAUCAUCGUGCGUGUCUAAAAGUAAGAAUGGCCUUUCUUCACAAUUAUAUGUAAUUGAAUUUAAAUGUUAUGUAUCAAAAGUACUUGUGGUAGUCAGCGAGUACUCGAGUAAGUAUUGGUAUCGGUCUGAAAAAUAGUGGUAUAGUGGUAUCGAACAUCCAUACUUAUUACAAAUAGCACCUGACUACAGGGACUACAGUUUUUUUUUUAAAGAGUUCCUCUGAGGUUUUAUUUCAUUUGAUUUUAUUAAUGCUUCCAUUAAAAAAAAAAACAAGGGAACUUGUUUUUGGAAUCAUCCUUCUUUCUUUUAAAUAUCACUGACGUUUUAAAGAGUGCCUUGAAUUUUGUGCUUCCGUUACCCUCGUCGAGCGAAGUAAAAUGCCAAGGCGGACCCUCUCUCACCGCAAAAAGAAAGUGAAAUCCAAAAGGGCCAAAGUAUCACAGUCAUCAAGUCAAGGAUCCGGAUGCUUCUUUCGCAGUACUGUGAGUCAACAUGCAGGGUUUAAAUGCCAAGUGUGAACACGUGAAAGGACAUUUGCACAACAACUCAACAAAAGUGCCUUUACAAAAUGUUUUUAAAAAAUCACCAGUUAAAAUGUUUUUUAUUACAAUUUACCGCUUUCUCCCUCAUUUUACUGCCCAAUCCCUGUCCAAGUGCCACACAGUAUUAAGCAGUGAUUCAUAAAAUGUCUUUUUAUGUAUGCGUGAGGAUGGAACACUGCAAUAUGUUUUUUGUCAUAACUUGCCCACACAUCCUAUAUAAAGGAGCACAUGCAACACAGCCAACCGAGGCCUUGGUAUGAAAAAACACGGGGUCGUAACACCUGUAACGAGUUUAUAUGUAUUUUUAUAUGCUAUUUUGUACAUUAAAUGACCUUUUCAGAGUUGAUGCCUUGCUCUGUGUAUACAUAUCUAUACAACAGUGUGUCCUGAAAUACUGGAGAUGUUUUGUGUGUUAACUGGAGCCUCGGAGAAGAGCGCCAGCGCUUGCCUCUUGUGCCUUUAUUUUAUUUGGAUUUGUUGUCUUUUUGACAAUUAACAGUGUAGUUCCAUAUUAAUUUGCCCUUCAGCGGCCACUGUAUUGGGUGUACUAAAAUCUUCUGUGUUUAACCACUUCAAUUGUAUCUGUCUAUAUGCUUUUUUGAGGGGGGUUCUUUCUAAAACGUACAUAAUAAGAUGGAUCUGGGAAUGAUGGACUCUAACAUUGUGAGCAGCAAU